UUCCGGGGGAAUGUGCGGCUGCUGUACGCGUUCCUUGCAGGACUCAGAAAGCAGAGAAGAUCCGGGCCGGAGGGUACUUGCUUUGUGGGGUUAGGCGGCCGCAGCCGCCUCUCUGGGAAAGCGUAUCGCAUUCUCUGUUGCUCGAAGACGCCCUAUCUUCAACCCUGGAGCAGAAGGAGAGUGCUGCCAUGGCGGCUCCUGCGCAGCCAAAGAAAAUCGUGGCCCCCACGGUGUCCCAGAUCAACGCGGAGUUCGUCACCCAGUUAGCGUGUAAAUACUGGGCUCCCCAUAUCAAGAAAAAAUCACCUUUUGAUAUAAAGGUCAUUGAAGAUAUAUAUGAGAAAGAAAUUGUCAAAUCAAGGUUUGCCAUCAGGAAAAUAAUGCUCUUGGAGUUUAGCCAAUAUCUUGAAAAUUACCUCUGGAUGAAUUAUUCUCCAGAAGUGUCCAGCAAGGCCUAUUUAAUGUCAAUCUGUUGUAUGGUGAAUGAGAAGUUCAGAGAAAAUGUCCCUGCAUGGGAGACUUUCAAGAAGAAGCCAGACCACUUCCCAUUCUUUUUCAAGUGCAUCUUGAAAGCCGCAUUGGCUGAAACUGAUGGUGCAUUUUCACUGCAUGAGCAGACCGUCUUACUGCUUUUUCUUGAUCAUUGCUUCAAUAGUUUGGAAGUAGACUUGAUACGAAGUCAAGUACAGCAGCUUAUCUCCCUCCCAAUGUGGAUGGGCUUACAGCCUGCACGAUUGGAAUUAGAAUUAAAAAAGACACCUAAGCUACGAAAAUUCUGGAACUUGAUUAAGAAGAAUGAUGAAAAGAUGGAUCCAAAAGCAAGAGAACAAGCUUAUCAAGAAAGAAGAUUCCUUUCACAACUAAUCCAGAAGUUUAUCUCUGUGCUAAAAUCAGUCCCACUUUCUGAACCUGUCACUAUGGACAAAGUUCAUUACUGUGAAAGAUUCAUUGAACUUAUGAUUGAUCUAGAGGCCCUACUCCCCACAAGGCGCUGGUUUAAUACCAUCCUGGAUGACAGCCACCUUUUGGUUCACUGUUCCCUUUCCAAUCUUGUUCAUAGGGAAGAGGAUGGCCAUCUUUUUUCCCAGCUACUGGACAUGCUUAAGUUCUAUACUGGUUUCGAGAUUAAUGACCAGACGGGGAAUGCACUGACAGAGAAUGAGAUGACUACAAUUCACUACGAUAGAAUCACUUCCCUGCAGAGAGCUGCUUUUGCACAUUUUCCUGAACUCUAUGAUUUUGCCCUCUCAAACGUGGCAGAAGUAGACACCCGGGAGUCCUUGGUCAAGUAUUUUGGCCCUCUUAGUUCAAAUACACUCCACCAGGUGGCAUCAUAUCUCUGCUUGUUACCAACUCUUCCUACAACUGAAGACACAACUUUUGAUAAAGAAUUUCUUCUAGAAUUGCUGGUAUCUCGUCAUGAACGUCGAAUUUCUCAGAUUCAGCAGUUGAACCAGAUGCCUUUGUAUCCAACGGAGAAAAUCAUUUGGGAUGAAAAUAUUGUCCCAACAGAGUACUACUCAGGGGAAGGUUGUCUUGCUCUUCCCAAGUUGAAUUUGCAGUUUCUGACUCUUCACGAUUACCUCCUAAGGAACUUUAAUCUCUUCCGCUUAGAGUCGACUUACGAAAUCCGUCAGGACAUCGAGGACAGUGUCAGCAGAAUGAAGCCGUGGCAAUCUGAGUAUGGCGGCGUAGUAUUUGGUGGUUGGGCGCGAAUGGCUCAGCCCAUUGUGGCUUUCACUGUGGUUGAGGUGGCCAAACCCAACAUCGGUGAGAACUGGCCGACCCGAGUUCGCGCUGACGUGACCAUCAAUCUCAACGUCAGAGAUCACAUCAAAGAUGAAUGGGAAGGUCUCCGUAAGCAUGAUGUCUGCUUUUUAAUUACUGUGCGUCCCACAAAACCGUAUGGUACCAAGUUUGACCGCAGGAGACCUUUUAUUGAGCAGGUGGGCCUGGUUUAUGUCCGAGGCUGUGAAAUCCAGGGCAUGCUGGAUGACAAGGGACGCGUCAUUGAGGACGGGCCCGAACCCAGACCCAAUCUUAGAGGAGAGUCGAGGACAUUUAGAGUGUUUUUGGAUCCAAACCAGUACCAACAAGACAUGACCAACACUAUUCAGAAUGGAGCGGAAGAUGUGUAUGAGACUUUCAAUGUAAUAAUGAGGAGAAAACCAAAGGAAAAUAACUUCAAGGCUGUGCUGGAGACUAUUCGGAACCUGAUGAACACUGACUGUGUGGUACCUGCCUGGCUGCACGACAUCAUUUUAGGUUAUGGGGAUCCAAGUAGUGCACAUUAUUCAAAAAUGCCCAACCAGAUUGCCACCCUGGAUUUCAAUGAUACAUUUCUCUCCAUUGAACAUUUGAAAAACAGCUUCCCUGGUCAUAAUGUUAAAGUCACUGUGGAUGACCCAGCUCUGCAGAUACCCCCUUUCAGGAUAACUUUUCCGGUAAGAAGUGGAAAGGGGAAGAAAAGGAAAGAUGUGGAUGGGGAAGAUGAAGACACUGAAGAGGCAAAGACCCUAACAGUUGAACCUCAUGUUAUCCCUAAUCGAGGUCCUUACCCUUACAACCAGCCUAAACGUAAUACAAUUCAGUUCACUCAUACACAGAUAGAGGCUAUCCGUGCCGGAAUGCAGCCUGGGCUGACUAUGGUUGUGGGCCCUCCCGGUACAGGAAAAACAGAUGUGGCGGUUCAAAUUAUAUCCAACAUAUACCACAAUUUUCCAGAGCAGAGGACUCUGAUUGUUACUCAUUCCAAUCAGGCCCUGAACCAGCUGUUUGAGAAGAUCAUGGCAUUAGACAUUGAUGAGCGCCACCUGCUGCGCCUCGGUCACGGAGAGGAGGAGCUGGAGACGGAGAAAGAUUUCAGCAGGUACGGAAGAGUUAAUUAUGUCCUUGCUCGAAGAAUAGAACUUUUGGAAGAAGUCAAACGAUUGCAGAAGAGUCUCGGGGUUCCAGGAGACGCUUCAUAUACUUGUGAAACUGCAGGUUAUUUCUUUUUAUAUCAGGUAAUGUCUCGUUGGGAGGAAUAUAUCAGCAAAGUGAAAAAUAAAAGUAACUCAUCGCCAGAUGUUACUGAAGUUUCCACUUUCUUCCCUUUUCAUGAAUACUUUGCAAAUGCCCCACAACCCAUUUUUAAAGGUCGAUCUUAUGAAGAAGACAUGGAAAUUGCUGAAGGAUGUUUCAGACAUAUUAAGAAAAUUUUUACUCAGCUUGAGGAAUUCAGGGCCUCUGAACUGCUUCGAAGUGGACUGGACAGAUCUAAAUACCUUUUGGUGAAAGAAGCCAAAAUCAUUGCCAUGACCUGUACUCAUGCCGCCUUAAAACGACAUGAUUUAGUCAAGUUAGGUUUCAAGUAUGACAACAUUUUAAUGGAGGAGGCUGCUCAGAUUCUGGAGAUUGAAACUUUUAUACCUCUUCUUCUACAGAAUCCUCAGGAUGGUUUCAGCCGACUGAAACGAUGGAUUAUGAUCGGGGAUCAUCACCAGUUACCUCCAGUCAUUAAGAAUAUGGCCUUUCAAAAAUAUUCAAACAUGGAGCAGUCUCUCUUCACUCGCUUUGUCCGAAUUGGAGUUCCUACUGUGGACCUCGAUGCCCAAGGGAGAGCCAGAGCAAGCUUGUGCAACCUCUACAACUGGCGAUACAAGAAACUAGGCAACUUACCCCACGUGCAGCUCUUGCCGGAGUUUAGUACAGCAAAUGCUGGCUUGCUGUAUGACUUCCAGCUCAUCAACGUUGAAGACUUCCAGGGAGUAGGAGAAUCAGAACCUAAUCCUUACUUUUAUCAGAAUCUUGGGGAGGCGGAGUAUGCAGUGGCUCUCUUCAUGUACAUGUGCUUACUUGGUUACCCUGCCGACAAGAUUAGUAUCCUAACAACUUACAACGGACAAAAGCACCUUAUUCGUGACAUUAUCAAUAGGCGAUGUGGGAGCAAUCCAUUGAUUGGAAGACCAAAUAAGGUGACAACCGUUGACAGAUUUCAAGGUCAACAGAAUGAUUAUAUUCUUCUUUCUCUAGUACGAACCAGAGCAGUGGGCCAUCUGAGGGAUGUUCGUCGCUUAGUGGUAGCCAUGUCUAGAGCCAGACUUGGACUUUAUAUCUUCGCCAGAGUAUCCCUUUUCCAAAACUGUUUUGAACUAACUCCAGCUUUCAGCCAACUCACGGCCCGCCCACUUCAUUUGCAUAUAAUUCCAACAGAACCUUUCCCAACCACUAGAAAGAACGGGGAGAGACCAUCUCAUGAAGUACAGAUAAUAAAGAACAUGCCCCAAAUGGCAAACUUUGUGUAUAACAUGUACAUGCAUUUGAUACAGACCACACAUCAUUAUCAUCAGACCUUAUUACAGCUACCACCUGCUAUGGUAGAAGAAGGUGAGGAAGUUCAGGGUCAGGAGACAGAACUGGAAAUGGAAGAAGAGGGUGUGCCUGCGCAAGCCGAGAUGCCCGGUGUGACCGAUGCUGGCUCUGGUCAAGAAACAUUGUCCUCUCCGCCCGACACCACCCCUGAUCAGACAGGAGCUGGUUCCGGUCCUGACGUCGCCUGCGCUGUACCCGAGGCCCCUGCUGCCGGGGCGGGACCCGAGGCUGUGCCAGCAGAGGCUGACAGCUGUCCACAUGUCACACCUGCCCCAGAGGAGACCAGAUAGCCAAUCGCUAGCCUUUUUGAGGGAGAUAAUUUCAUUUACAAAGUCAAAGUAAAGUUACUUUUUGUAUUUUAUAUUUGCUUUUGCCAUUUUGAAAUGAAUAAUUAAUGUUCAUUUCUUAUUUUUAUUAAUGAUCAGUACUCUUCUUGGAUAUAUUUGUAAAAAGUGUAUGUGUAUGAACAACAUGAAUUUUAUUUGUUCCAUCAGAAGGUAAAAUAAUCAUUCCUUUGAUAUUUUUCUCAUUAACUGAGUGUAUCUGUCAUCAUACCUACAUUAAAAUAAUUUUUAUAGA